AUGGCGCCCUCCCUCCGCGCUCUCCUGGCCCGUAUCACGACCAUCCUACCGACAUCCCAGACGCCCUUCACCUCCCCCUCCUCCCACGACAUCACCGCCGCCGACGCCAACGCCAACGCCAACGGCAUCGCAGUCACCCCCUACGAGCCCCUCUCUGGCGCUCCCUCGUGCCCGAUCGACGGCCCGCUGAGCUGCCACAACGCUACGGGCCCCGUCAACGACGCCUGCUGCUUCGUCGCCCCCUCCGGCCGCCUGCUCCUCACGCAGUUCUGGGACGAUACCGUGCACGCAGGCGGCGCCGAAGAGGACUGGACCGUCCACGGGUUGUGGCCCGACCUCUGCGAUGGGAGCUACAAGGCGUACUGCGGCAUGACGCCGCACUUCAACAACAUCACCGACAUCCUCCAGCACUACGGCCAGGGUGACCUCCUGGCCUCCAUGGAGAGGUAUUGGGUCGCUGCAUACGGCACCAACAACCAUCUGUGGGCCCACGAGUACAACAAGCACGCAAGCUGCAUAAACACGCUCUCGGCGUCCUGCUACGCCGACGCCUACGCGCCGGGCGUCGAGGUCGUCGACUACUUCACCCGCGCCUUCUCCCUCUUCCGCCAGCUCGACACCUUCACGGCCCUCGAGCGCGCGGGCAUCGCGCCCUCGCACUCGAGGCGCUACCCGCUCGCCGACGUCCGCAGGACGCUCGAGGAGCUGAGCGGCGGCCGCGUCGUGCUGCGCUGCCAGGGCCGCGGCCGCGACGUGCUUCACGAGGCGUGGUACAGCUACUUCCUCCAGGGCAGCCUGCAGACGGGCCAGUUCGUCCCGGCCGGCGGCCUCGGCGACCAUGGGGACGCGAACAACUGCGCUCCCGAGGUCAGGUAUCCGCCCAAGAAGUGCAAGGGCAACUGCCCCGGCUCGGAGGAGCUGUGA